GAUUGCGGUGUGCCCAGGAACCUACUGGUGUGCCAAGGAGGGAGACAUGUGCCGAUGCAACGGGGAGAUCACCUAUGCCCCAGAACUCUUUGAUGGCCUCGUAUACACAGUUCCGGUGGCCGAGAGGGCCUACAAGGUGGUGUCAAGUGGCACGUGGAAGUGUGGCACAGAUCAAAAUGGGAAGCCCUUUGAAAUUGACCCAGCUCCCUGGCACAUAAAACAUUGCUGGUGCUCCCCGCAGGGUAUCUUGGACAUCUUGAAGCAACAUGAUGCCUCGAGCCUUCACAAGAAGGAGUGUUCCGAGGCAGCAAACUUUGACUUCGACCAGGGAGGGGCCAGGCGUUUACGUCAAUACUUCACGGAAGAUGAUGAUGCCCUUGAUGAGUCGGACGCCGAGGAUGUGGAGGAUGAUAGCAGCGACAGCGAGCCAGCAAAGCUCCGGCGCCUGUCGCACGACUCACGGCGCCGGCGCACCUAUACCUACACGCCCUGGGCCCUUGUCUCCGUGCCUUCGGAAAGUACCUUCAGCAGCUUUGACAGUGGGUCCGAUGAUGCCAGGCAGAUCAGCUGUGCCUACGAGUUUGGAGUGCCUGCGGCUUCCGCCCAGCUGUACCACUCUGAUGGGCCCUAUUCGGGUGAUGUCUGGAAAGUAGAGGACAUUGCCAAGCAGUGGGGGAACGUCUCCACCAGGCCCUGUUGGGUUCGAUCACGGGGAGAAUCCGGCGAGCGCUUGGCGGCUUGCGCAGUGGCCCUCUUGAAGCCCGGCAGCUUGGCGAUCAAAGCGGACAAGACCCUCUCCGUCAUGUGGAGCUUCCUAUGGGUCACGCUCUCUCUAACCCUGUGUUGUUGUGGAUGCUGGGUGUUCAUCUGCCUCGGUGGAGCCUCCUCCUUUCCGCCUGGGUCAGGAGGCGCAGGAGCGCAACAACAAGGCCUCAUGAGCAACGCUAAUUAG